UUCUACAGCAGAGUAAUGGCUAUUGCUUUAGAGGCUAAAAUUGAGUUUAAACAAUUAUGCGAUACAUUGGAAGACGUUGCCAAGACACAUGAUGUAAAAAAGAAAGAACAAAUUUUGCAAACGUUUAUCGAUACGUGUCGAAACGUUGGCGAUAAACUGAAAAUAGAAUAUUCUGAAUCGGAUGUGUCGUUCUAUCCUAUCUUAAGAUUGAUACUACCCUAUCUUGAACGACAGCGUGGACCGCAUAAUUUGAAGCAAGUUUCGUUGGCAAAUCUUUACGCUCACGUAUACGGUUUCGCAAAAAAUAGUGACAGUUAUAAAAAGUUGGCAAAUUAUCGAGAUUUACCCUCGUCGGGAAAAUUUGUAGGAAAUGAUUUCGCUGAUCGAGCUUACUGCGUAUUGAAUAAAAAAUUACCUCGAACCAGUACUGGAUUCACGAUCGCGCGGAUUAACGAGUUCCUUGAUAGUAUUUCCGGGAGAAACAUGAAUGUAACGAGGCAGCAAAAAGUUGAAACGUUUCGAGUACUUUUUCGACAAAUUACAGGAUUUGAGAUGAAGUGGAUGACGCGUAUCAUUCUUAAAGAUUUACGACUUGGUAUAGGAACACAAAGAAUACUGCACAUCUAUCAUCCCGACGCGAAUGAUAAAUUUCUUGUGACGAAUGAUCUGCGCGAGAUUUGUAACCAGUUGCGUAAUCCUAAGAUCAAAUUAAAAGAAUGCGGCAUACAAAUAUUUUCACAUUUUAAGCCAAUGCUCUUAGAGAGAUGCAAUAUCGAAAAUAUCGUCAAGUUAUUUUGGGACAAUGACUUGUACUAUGUUCAAACUAAAUACGACGGCGAGAGGUCGCAACUCCAUAUGAAGAAUGGAAAAUUUAAAUACUUUACACGUAGAGGAUACGACAUUACAAACAAGUAUGGAUAUGGUGAAACUGAAUCUUCGGGUUUUUUAACCGCGGUAUUUACGCGGUGUUUGAAUCCGAAUUGUUAUUCUUUUAUAUUGGAUGGAGAAUUAAUGGCUUGGCAUAAAGAGAAAAGAAUAUUUAGUACAAAAGGUAUGAAUGUCGACGUCAAAAAUUUAUCGGCGAGCAGUCGACAUCAGCCAUAUUUCGUUGCGUUUGAUGUGAUUCUGCAUAAUGACAUCUUGCUCGUUGAUACACCUUAUAAAGACAGAUUAAAACUUCUCAACGAUAUAUUCACUGAAGAGGACGGUUCUCUAACUGUAUGUCAAUCUACUUUAAUUUCAAACAGGGAAGAAUUGAUAAAGAAAUUCAAUACAUGCCUCCGUAAUAACGAGGAAGGACUUGUUAUAAAGAAAUGUGAUAUGAAAUAUAAACUAAAUAUUCGAGAUGGCAACGGUUGUUAUAAGAUUAAAGCAGAGUAUUCUGACAAUUUAGUACAAGAUAUAGACCUCAUCAUACUUGGCGGUUAUUACGGAGAGGGUAAAUAUACAGGAAUAAUUAAAAGUUUUAUGAUGGGUGUUGCCGCACCAUCGAAUAAAGAAGGAGAAAAUCCGUCCCAAUUUUUCUCCAUCGUAUCUGUAAACACUGGAAUAGGAGAUGAAACGUUACGUCAUCUUCAAACAAAACUUGCGCCAUAUUGGAUCAAGGAAUGUCCUGAAAAUAUUGUAGGUCCCAAGAGAAAUCAACCAGAUAUGUGGAUUCAUCCAGAACAUUCUAUAAUUUUAACGAUACGAGCGACUGAGAUGAUACGUAGUAAUAAAUAUCCAAUUGGAUACAGUCUACGAUUUCCUAGAGUUACGAAUGUAAGGAUGGAUAAGACCUGGUACAGUCCAUGUACUACUCUCGAACUUCUAUCGUUGGCCAAAGAUGAGGGAAUGAUUCAAAAGUUAACCAAGCGAGAAGCUACUCUGCAUGAUAUCGACCGAGUACCAGUCUCUAAAUUACAAAAGAUAACGAGUCGUAGUAAAUCAAUUGAACAUAACGUGUGUGAUAAGCGCGUAGUACCAUUCACGCGACUAUUGGAUGGGAAAGAAAUUUGCGUGAUUAAUGGUACCGAUGAAUUAUCGAAAGAGCAAAUUGAAGAAAUAUUGCAGCAACAUAGCGCAAGAGUUGUUCAGAAUCCAAUUAAUACGACUUUUUGCGUGAUAGUAGGCAAUAAUAGAACGAUACGAGGGAAAGAAGUAGUAAACAGUGGAAAAUACGAUGUUGUAACUUUGGAUUGGGUUAAACGUAUCACAAACAUUAAUCGGUCCGACUGGACCUCAUUAAUUGAUUUUUUACCAUGGGAACUAUUACGCAGCCGAAACAUUACUAGACGCCAAGUUACGGAAAAUUAUGACGAAUAUUAUGAUAGUUUUGUUGUUGAUGCAGAUGAGGGGAGUUUAAAGCGUUCAUUCGAUAAGAUUGCGAAGCCGAUUAUUUUUGAGAUUAUGGGCAAUCCGUUUACCAGUGAACAAGAAAAAAAAAUGGACAAAGAAUUGUUCGGGAGUACAUCGCCUUAUUCGUUAUUUAGAGAUAUAAUUGGAUUCUUUGAAAAUCAAUUGUGUAAUGCUAAAUUUAAAUUCCGUUUCAUGUCAGGUACAAUUAAAGACAAUUUUAAUAGUUCCGUUACGCAUGUCUUUGUAGAAGAUAACGAGACGAGCGCUAUUGUGAGAGACAUGAAAGCUUAUAAGCAAAUAUCUACAAAAAUCGUUAAAUGUAAAUGGAUCGAGGAAUGUUUUCGAAAUGGCCGAAUAUGUGAAAUUACUGAUUAUCUAAUCACCCAAUAAACGAGAAUAAAUUGAAAUGGAUAAAAAUAAAUUCAUUUCGACAUUUUCGAAUUCGCGCUUCUGAUUUUUCGAAUUCAUUUGAAUUCAUAAAUACAUCUGACAAAAAAAUCAACAUGAAAAAUAAAUCAACAUGAUGACAUAAUAAUCACAGUUUAAAAUGAUGAAAAUACGCACUUUUGUUUAAAGUUUAAAUAAAAAAAGUUAUGAUGGAAAUAUGUAAGCCCUGAAUUUAUAUCCGGCGAGUACAGUAUUGAAUAGGAACAUUCUCCCCUGUUAGAAUCAAUGAUAUUAAAAAUAAAAUAUAAAAAUACUGUUCUAUUUUUAAAGAAAGAACUAUAAAUGUUCAUGAACAAAAACGAAUUUAUGCCUUCGGAUAUCAAUUCAUUUCAAUUAAUUUCAAUCCAGCUCCAGGUUCUAAAGCGCGAAUUUGGAUAAAUUAAAAUAAAUUGCAAUUUUUAAUUCAUUUCAAUCUAUUCUCAUUUACU